AUGGAACUGUACACGACAGAAGCGAGGAAGCUGGAUACGUUCAUCUCUGAAAACCUCCAGCCCAAUGAGGAGUUCCUGGGCAAAGCGCGCCGGGCCAUUGACAUCUUCUGCGAGUUCCUGUGGGAGAAUUGCUUCAAAGAUGCAGCUCCGCCCCAGCCCCGGGUCAUGAAGGUGAUCAAGGGAGGCUCGUUGGGAAAAGGCACGGCUUUCAGAGGGGGCUCAGAAGCCAACCUUGUGGUGUUUCUCAGCGUCUUCAAGGAUUACAUAGAUCAGGACACAAAACAGAAGGAGAUCGUCCAAGAGAUUGGGAGGAGUUUUGAAGAAUUCAAGGAAAAGAACAAGGAGCGUUUAAGUGUAACUUUUGAGGCAUCCAUGUGGCUGAAGCCCCGCAUGCUCAGCUUCACAGUCUGCUCUGAUGACCUUGGGGAUUCGAUUGAGUUUGACGUGUUGCCAGCAUUUGAUGCUCUCGGCCAGUACAAAAAAGGCUCCAGGCCUGAUCCUCAGGUGUACGUGGACUUGAUCAAAAGCUGCCCCCGAGGUGGUGAGUUCUCCACUUGCUUCACGGAGCUGCAGAAGGAAUUCAUCAAAGCCCGGCCCCCCAAAUUGAAGAGCCUCAUCUGCCUGCUGAAAUACUGGUACAAAAAGUAUGUCCAUCCACACAAAACGAAGCUCCAAGACGGGGAGUCACUCCCCCCAAAGUAUGCGCUGGAGCUGCUGGCUGUCUAUGCCUGGGAGCAAGGAAGUCUAGAGACAGAUUUCGACAUGGCAGAAGGAUUUCGGACGGUGUUGCUGCUCCUUCAGCAAUACAGGCAGCUCUGCAUCUUUUGGACCACAUUCUAUGAUUUUGAGAAUGAGACCCUGAAAUCGUACUUGCUCAGCCAGCUCCAGAAGCCCAGACCUGUCAUCCUGGACCCAGCCGAUCCAACUGGGAUUGUGGGCGAGGGGAGCCGCUGGGAUCUGCUUGCACAAGAAGCUGAACAUUGCUCUCGUCAGAAAUGCUACCUUCCUCAUUGGGAUGUGUUGGUUCAGGAGUCGUCCACAGUGUUCUCCGCUGCUGGCAUCUCUGCCCCCGUGGAGCUGUAUGAGACGCCCUCCUGGAAGGUGGAUAAGUUCAUCUUCGACCACCUGCAGCCCGACAAGGAGUUCUUGAGCCAAGUGCGCUGGGCCAUCGACAUCAUCUGCGAGUUCCUGAAGAAGAACUGCUUCAAAGAAGCCACCCUGCCCCAGGUCCGGAAGGUGGUCAAGGGAGGCUCAUCAGGGAAAGGCACAGCUCUGAAAGGGGGCUCGGAUGCCGAUCUUGUGGUGUUUCUCAGCGUCUUCAAGCGAUACAAGGACCAGAUGUCACACCGGAAGGAGAUGAUCGAGGAGAUUAAGAGGAGACUCGAAGAAUUCAAGAACAAAGAUGAAAAGAAUAUAGAUGUAACAUUUGAGCAGUCCAAGUGGAGCAACCCCCGUGUGCUCAGCUUCACGCUUCACUCUGAUUACUUCAGGGAUUCGAUUGAGUUUGAUGUGCUGCCAUCCUUUGAUGCACUUGGUGUGUAUGUUUGCCCUCCCCCACCCCCACCCCAAGUGUACAUUGACCUGAUCACCAGUGGCUGCCAAGGGGGUGAGUUCUCCACCUGCUUCACUGAGUUACAGAAGGAAUUCAUCAUUGACCGGCCACCUAAACUGAAGAGCCUAAUUCGCCUGCUGAAACACUGGUACAAGGAGGUACAGCAGCUUGACAACAGUGCCUGGGCUUUGUCACUCCCCCCAGAAUAUGCGCUGGAGCUGCUGGCUGUCUAUGCCUGGGAGAAAGGAAGUGGAAAGACAGGUUUUGACAUGGCAGAAGGAUUUCGGACAGUACUUUGGCUCCUCCAGCAGUACAAGGAGCUCUGCAUAUUUUGGACAAAAUACUAUGACUUUAAGAACGAGACCCUUGGACGAUAUCUGAUAAGCCAGCUCCGAAAGCCCAGACCUGUCAUCCUGGACCCAGCUGACCCAACUGGGAUUGUGGGUGAAGGGAGCCGCUGGGAUCUACUUGCACAAGAAGCUGAAUAUUGUUUGAAACAGAAAUGCUGCACAAACUACUCAGUUCAUCAUUGGGAUGUACCGGCAGAAAUCCAAUGCAAUCCAUGUAAUCUAUGCAGCAGGUGCGAUGGGGGGAAGAAGCGAUUUACCCCAGCUACCAAUUUGGAAUUAGUAGACCUCUUCCAGACGCUUAUCAGACGAGAGUUCCAGAACAACCGGCGUUGUUUCAGCGUGGGCGGGGCAGCCCUCCAAUCUGCCCAGCUGAUUGGCGGGCCGGCUGCAUCCCCGGCUGCUCGGCGACAGCUGCGGGGGCGUGUCAUUUGCCCGCGGCUGGCUUAUCACUGUGUUCAGGCUCAGGUGACGUCGGCGAUGUUCUCCGCUGCUGGCGUCUCUGCCCCCAUGGAACUCUAUGAGACACUCUCCAGGAGGCUGGAUAAGUUCAUCGCUGACCACCUCCAGCCCAAUGAGAAGUUCUUGAGACAAGUGCGCUGGGCCAUCCACAUCAUCUGUGAUUUCCUGAAGAACAGCUUCAAAGAUGCUGCCCAGCCCCAGGUCCUGAAGGUGGUCAAGGGAGGUUCGUUAGGGAAAGGCACGGCUCUAAAGGGGGGCUCGGAUGCCAAUCUUGUGGUGUUUCUCAGCGUCUUCAAGCGAUACAAAGACCAGGAGUUCCGCCGGGAGGAGAUGAUCCAGGAGAUUGAGAAGAGACUCAUAGAAUUCAAGAACAAAGAUGAAAAUAAUAUAGAUGUCAUGUUUGAGCAGUCCAGGGGGCCAAACCCCCGUGUGCUCAGCUUCACGCUUCACUCUGAUUACUUCAGGGAUUCGAUUGAGUUUGAUGUGCUGCCAGCCUUUGAUGCUCUUGGUCAAAGAAUAAGUCCUAAGCCUCCCCCACCCCCACCCCAAGUGUACAUUGACCUGAUCACCAGUGGCUGCCAAGGGGGUGAGUUCUCCACCUGCUUCACUGAGUUACAGAAGGAAUUCAUAGUUGACCGGCCACCUAAACUGAAGAGCCUCAUCCGCCUGCUGAAACAUUGGUACAAAAAGGUACAGCAGCUUGACAAGAGUUACAAAUCACUCCCCCCAAAAUAUGUGCUGGAGCUGCUGGCUGUCUAUGCCUGGGAGAAAGGAAGUGGAAAGACAGAUUUUGACAUGGUAGAAGGAUUUCGGACAGUACUUUGGCUCCUCCAGCAGUACAAGGAGCUCUGCAUAUUUUGGACAAAAUACUAUGACUUUAAGAACGAGACCCUUGGACGAUAUCUGAUAGGCCAGCUCCGGAAGCCCAGACCUGUCAUCCUGGACCCAGCUGACCCAACUGGGAUUGUGGGAGAGGGGAGCCGCUGGGAUCUACUUGCACAAGAAGCUGAAUAUUGUUUGAAACAGAAAUGCUGCACAAACUACUCAGUUCAUCAUUGGGAUGUACCGGUCAUGAAGGAGGAAGAGCAGUCCUACUGCACCAUACUGUGA